UAACAGCUGAGUGCAAGGCCCAGUUUGACAUAAUGCAAGGACAGACGGACAUCAGAGCUGAAUUGUUCCUGCAGGGAGAAAGAACGGACACCUUCAAAGUGGACGCUUCGUCCUUCUGCAACAGAUUGAGGAGCAUGUGAGGUAUCAAAAUGGAUGAUUUAGAUCACAGCAUGCACAUUGCAAACGAUGACUGGACGGUCUUCUAUGAGGAGAGCGAGGAGUGCGGUCAGCUGCAGCCUUUGCUUGCCUGCCAUGAUAGCCCGAACCUCAGUGAUUCAGAGGAUUCAGCAAACUCGAGUUCAGUGUUCGGCACAGGCCAACAGGAGCCACAGCAGAGCACUGCUGCAAAGUAUGAUCUUACAACACAAGCUGAAAUAUGCCUUGAUUAUCCUGAAGGAACCAUCAACACAGCAGAGCACCUCACAGAGGAGACAAAAGCCAACAUCACAACCACACUGCAAACUGAGCAACUAAAUGUUCAGUCUUCAGAUGGAGAGUCAACAGAGCUGAACAAAGAGGAUGGAGAAGAGCAAAUGGAGAGUCACAUUCAUGAACUCAAAUCCAUUCAGUCACCUGACCCACUUUCUUUCAAUCAAACAGAGCUAAAUGUGAAUGAGCUGCACUCUACAGACAGAGUGAGGAGUGGCGUUGCAUUAAGAGCAGAAAAAGAGCGUUGGUUCGUGACAGUGAACGACAAUGCUGCACGACAGCGAGUGCGAGCCCCCUCUGUGAAAAAAAAAAGAAGACAAAAAAAAACUCGUAAGGACAAUCACAUGUGCAGACCUGGGCAGGAGAGAUUGCUUGAAAACGGUGUUAAGUUAGAGAUAAUGAAAGAUAGUAAUGACUUUGAGGGAGGGACGGACACAGAGUAUGUCACACAAGCAGACCAAAACUUGGUUAAUAAAUCAAGAGGGUAUUCAAGUGCUGAAGCAGAUCCUGAGAGCGUUCACAUGGAUGUCAUUUCAGAUUCAUCGCAAAUGUCUUUAACGUCUAGUGAAGAAGACAAUUUGUCAGAAAAACUGGUGAUGUCUCAUUCCCCCAGAGACAUCAGCACUGAGCCAGCAAUAGACGCAAAACCGCACAACACAUUUACACCAAAAUACCCGUCACGGUUGGACAGUGUGGAGUCUGACGAGCUUGACGACGGUGUUGAGUUCUUUUCCACUCAUAGUUUUGACUCUGAAAGUUAUCUGUCAGCUACUGAAUCAGUGGAGGAACUUCAGCAUCUUCUCGUGGAUCACCAACAAUUGCAAAGCUCAUUAUCUCUGACUGAAAACAGCCAUCUGUUCAAUCUGACUGAGAAUACCGAUGCAGACAAUAUGCAGGACAGGGAUUCUUGUGAUAGCCCUCUCUGUUGCGUUGUAACAGCUACCGACUGUGAAGGUCAUGACAGCACCAAUGUUCAGCCAUCUGCUGGCCAAAGUGCUAACAAAAUGCCAGAUGACAACGCCACAUGUGAUAACGACACACGCAGCACGCUGCCCUCGGAUACACCUGGACUUCAAAAGCAUGAGAUGAAUCUUUCAGCAUCUGGUUGUUCUUCAGGACAACAGCUUCUCCCCAUUCCUGAUUUAAUUGUAACACCUUGCCAUGUGGUGGACAGCCCAGAAACAUAUGCCGAAGCAGCAGGCCACACUCGACCUGUGUACGCCAUUUCUGCUUUUUGGGAUGAAAUGGAAAAAUUGACGAUAAAUGACAUUUUGCAGCUCAGGAUGGGAGGAAGCACAUCUCCCAGGGAAACACAAGAAACAGUGACACCAGACAUAGAUGAUCACAGCUCUUUGGUCGACACGAUAGAGUACAAUUCGUCUGAUGGUGGUCUGAUGGAUACCUCCGACACUGCUGAUUCAGAUUAUUCCACGCAGCCGGACGAAUCCAAGCCCGAUCGUUCAAGCUGUGAGUUUUUCAACUCCGAUUUUGAAGAAGAGUACUGCCAAUUUCUUGGCGCCAGUAGGAACCCCAGUCCUGACCCUCAAAGCAAAAACCAACAAAGCAAGAGUGACUCUCUUUACUCUUUAGCACAUGAGGAGGAGGAGUCCACAGGCUCUGAUGGAAAAGAGACACCUGUGCCUUCGGAGGACUUUGAAAGGAAAUGUUUUGAUGAUCAGGACUCAAAUGCUUUAAUUUCAAGCGAACUUGCUUUGCCGAGACGGAUAACAAAAAGCAAAAGCAUGACAACGUACAAGCUCUCAACACCGAGGAAUUUAUCUUUGCAGUUGCUAAUUGGUCAUGAUGAGAGCAGUCCGUUUCUCAGCAGCUGUUCGUCUCUGGAGGAAAACGUGGUUUUAAAAGCGAGCGACAGCCUUGGAACACGAAUACCUUUUCUGGAGGAACAUGAUCAAAUAUCCUUCCCUGGAGUGUUUGAAUACUUCUUCAGAGAGGAUAAAACACAGAGUGACUCUCGGUGUGUCACCGUCUAUGAUCCAAAGGACAUCUCAGUGGCUCCUGUGUUUGACUUCACUCUUUGUGCAUCCAAUAAAAAGUCAUUCUCCUUCCUCCACGAUUCUCCGCUCAGUGAGGAGAAACUCAUCCCCAUUUUCUCUUGUUCUCGUCCCAUCAUCAGAGAACUCACAUUCCCAAACCCGGACUAUGUUUUCUUGAGUGCAGACUAUGAGGAGGAGGACGACAUCUCUCCAAUCAGGGUCGUGUCACACGCUUUCAUACAGGGUACUGAUUGCGGGGCGGCGGCCCCACAUGGAUUUAACACCUGGAAUAGUUUGAGGAAGAUUCGCUUCCCUGGCAAAGGGAGCAUCUGGUGCAGGAGAUCUGGGGCCUGGGUGUUCCCAGGUGAGGCUGAGAAGAUCACCAUCAAAAGUGCGGAUCCACCAAUAACAGUGCUCACUGUGAGGAGAGUCUCUUCAACUCCUUCUCAGGUUUUUAGUGAGUUAGCAGUGCAGCAGAGGGUUUUGGAAGUUAUACAGACAACAAGACAAGAGGGCAUCUUCUCCACACUGAAGCAGUCAGAUAUGUGUUUAGUCUGCAUCGCUUUUGCCUCCUGGGUGUUAAAAUCCUCUGAUCCAGAGGCUGCUGAUGCCUGGAAAGCAGCUCUGCUAGCAAAUGUGAGUGCACUGUCGGCCAUCCAGUACCUGCGGCAGUAUGUGAAGAAGAAGAAUCCUUCUUGAGACAUGUACACAAGAGAGAGAAGAGGAGAUUCAUUUCCAAACAUUUUCACUUGGGUCCAUCUGUAAAGAUAUAUUUACCAUAUAUGUACUGUAUAUUCUACUGCCUCAGUGUUUGCAUUGGUUUCCAAGUUACAAUACAGCAUGUAAAGGUAGAAGUCAGCAAACUGAUGUUUUAAGUUCUUUUCAGCCUGAGGAAGUUAAGGUCUGGUGAUUUUCUAUGUUUCUAAUCGUCAAAAGAUUCCAUGAAAAGAGACAAACCAAAAAGGAAUUAUUCCUAAUAACUAGUAUUGUCUUUGUGUAACCAAAGCCUGAUGUAACCACCAUCCUGCUGCUGUAAAUACUCAAAAAUAAUUAUUUUCAAAAUGUGUUUGAAAUGUGGGGGUGGCAUACUCUAGAGAGGUUCUAAUAAAACAUAAAGGAGAACAUUUCAAAGAUAAAAAAAUGUUGAACAAUUAUAGCUCAAUGUAAUAUAAGUAUUUAAAUGUCAAAGUGCUCAUUUUUAGUUUAGGAAAAAUAUAAAAUGUGCACGUCACAUUUGUAACCAGACGUAAGACGUCCUAACAGAUUGGCUUGGGGUUGAGAGCCACAGACAGGAUUGAGAAGUGUGAAAGUAUUGAGAGACGGACUAACACAUCGUUGCUUUUGGUACUUUCAUGGAAUUUGUUGACAAUAAGAAAAAUAGUGCCAAUAUUUUCUUUUAGUCAUGAAAACAUUUCAGCUGCAUUUUAAACUUUUAAUAACUUUGAUGUUUCAGUUCUGGAUAAACUGAUGUUGAUAUGUGGACCAUUACGUAAGCACAGAAGCUCAUACUCUUUUAACACGUGCCGUUUGUGAAUGUCAUGGCUUUGUAUGUCAUACGGAUGCAAUUUGAGCUAAGUUGUAAAGGCAGCUUGUAGAGUUUUUCAGCAGAAGUUAAGUGUAUGUGGAAUGUAUUUGUAGAGGAAGAAACAGAGGAUGAAAACCUGAAAGAAACUUGCAUUGUUGUAAGAAAAGGUUCAGUAUGUAACAGCACGAGCUGUGCAUGAUGGGUAAGCAUCGUCUAAACCAGUGGUUCCCAAAAGUUUUGGCUUAGUGCCCCUUCAAUACAAAGACAUACCGACCUGUGACCUCUCAUCACAGUCUCACAAGUUGCGAGCAGGUCAGAAUCAUUUUCCACUUUUAGACCAUUUCAUUUGAAUAGUUUCAGACAAGGUAAAACCACAUUAUUAAACUACACGGAGAAGAAUGUAAUCUUUUUUUGCAGAUUGUUAUCUCCGCCAAGGAGGUUAUGUUUUUGGCUCGAUUUGUCUCUUUGUUUGUUUGUCUGUCAGCAGGAUUACAGAAAAACUGCACGGCCCAUUUCAUGGAACUUGGCGGAAGGAUGUAGUAUGAGCGUAUCCGAAUCACGGGGUGGAUACACCAAUUCGGAACUUGGAAACAGCUAUAAAACGUGUUGUUUAAAAUGCUCUAAGCAAUAAAAUACAACACAUCUUUUUAGUGUGCAUUUUUAGGCACUCAGUGCCAUUCAAGUCUUUUCUUGUUUCGUACUCUGGUAAUAAACUUAAGACGCCUUAAAUGACUCUCAUCCCUACAUGUUGGGAACUAAAAUACUGUGUAGUGAAAAGGUCAGUGUGUGUGCUGAGAUCUGUCACAUCCUGUGUUGCAACAAAAUGUAAAGCUUAAGAAUAACUAAUAUAAGCAAAAUUUGCGUUACCCCUAUAUGAUCUGCUGUUGUCACCGUCAUAUAUUGUGUAAAGAUCAAUUGUCAGAACACUUCAUAACAAAAUGUGAUUUUUCAUGUAUGCACAUGUUGUGCAAUAACUUUGAUUAAAUGCAAUAAAACCAUGAAUACAU